CUGCAGAAGAGUACACGUUGUUUAAGAAGGACCGCCUCUCAUCUUCUAGUCAAACGUGUCUCCUCAGCACUUCACCUUUUCUUGAAUGUUCUUCUACGCGUCUGCCACAACACCACCAUCACCCAUCCUCUCUCUGAAUUUGUGGGUUGAUAUAAAAUUCAUACUUCUUCUCUUCCCCUGUUUCCUGACUUAUUGGGUCACUGAAAUUGCAACGUUUCAUUCACUUUUGCUUCGGUCAAUAUAGUAGAAAUGGUUCAGAUUAAGGAAUUUCGAAUUGUGAUGCCCUUGUCAUUGGAAGAGUAUCAGGUAGCUCAGAUGUACAUGGUCAUGAAAAUGCAACAGGAAAGCACCACAGGUGAUGAAGGAGUGGAGGUUUUACAAAACAGACCAUUUAGUGAUGAUGAAUUUGUAGGGGGGCAGUACACAUCAAAAUUUUACCACUUGCAGAGCAAAGCGCCAUCUUGGUUGACUACAUUUGCACCAGCUGAUGCCCUUGUGAUGCAAGAAGAAGCCUGGAACGCAUAUCCUAAAUGUCGAUCAGGUUUACGUUCUUACUUGCAAUUAAUGUUCUUUUCUUGGUUAGUAUCCAAGUCUUCCUUCUGCCUUCAUACUAACCUAUUUACUGGUUUCUGUCGAACAUGUAUCACCAUUUGAUGCAGUUGUUAAGUCACCAUAUUUUUCGAAGUUCUUUAUGAGCAUUGACACCAUCCACAAAGCUGACAAUGGAUACUCUGAGAAUGUGCAUGGCCUGAGUGAGGACCAACUGGCAGUUAGGCAGGUGGAAGUUAUUGAUAUUGCUUCAGCUGCCACUGAUUAUUGGAGUUACAUAGUUGGAAGAAACAAUGUUGAUUUAUCUAAUUUCCAAUCAGCAAGAUGCGGUCGUGGACCACUCUUGGAAGGCUGGCAGGACCACUGUAGUCCCGUUAUGACAGCAUACAAACUGGUGACUGUAGAUGCUCCAUACUGGGGGUUUGGGAGCAGAUUGGAACAGGCUUUGAUGGCGGGGGAAAGGUCACUUUUCCUAGAGAGUCAUCGUAAUUGCUUCGCCUGGAUUGACGAAUGGUUUGGGUUGACAGUGGAGGUGUUGCGUGAGUUGGAGCGACAAAGUGAUUAUUCAUUGAAUAUGAAACUUGGCCGGCCUUGCUUGGCCGAGAGUUGGAUGACACAAGAGGAAUCUCCACUUGAAGGCGAAAAAUCUGUUGUAUGAAUGCACUGUUCAUAUCUAUGUUUAGCAGCUCUUGGUAUGGUUUUCAGAUUCAUAUACAUGGAAUGGGUCGCAAAUCGCAAUAGAAGAUUAUUGGUAGUGCAGUUUGCUGCAACAAUACAUAUGCUGUCAGCUUGUACAUGAAAAGGCAGGAAAAGAUGUUAAUAUUAUUCACAAGCAGCAAGGUUUUGUUUUCUGAUGCUUCUAUUCUUUAGAGGUAAGAUUAGGUAAUAAUGAAAGUUAUGUAGAACUGAAGACACAUUUUAGUGAAGGUAGUUUAGCUUAUUGAUCAUAAAGGCAUGAAGUGUAUAUGAUGAUAGUUUCAAAGAAUUACAAUUGUAUUUUCGUGUACAUUUUUUGGAUUCAUUUUUAGGGAUCUUUGAUUUUUACUUCUU